AUGGUACACAUUGUAGAUCUUUCUAUGUUCUCUGCCGAACGUCUGGCACACCCUGUUGGGCUUGCUGACGCGCUUCGUCAGCUUGAGCUGUUGUUGGUAGUCUCCAACACGGAUGGCGCUGUGGCACAGAUCGUCCGUGAGUUAUUGUCUGUCCCGAGCCUCUUUGGUUUCCUUAUCUCGGUCUGGCCCAGCUCGAAGAAGUUGGUGGAGCGUAUUUUCACCGCCUUUCCGAGUGAACCGGCGCUUGUACCGCAGUCCUUCGCAAGUGAAAUAUUGAUUGAGAUAUCUCAUACUUUGUUCUCUAUUCCUCCCGACCUUUUGUCUGCUGACCUGUCCAGAAACAUUGGCCAGUCUAGGCAAUACGUGGACAAUGUGUUGCCUGUCCUGACUAUAUUAUACCGCACAGAUUUCACCACCCAAAAUACUGCGGCAGACGAUGAUCCCCAGUUCGUGGAUGAGGACAUCGACAUCCCGUUUCUCAAGCAGAAAGUAAAGAGGCAGCGACGGAAGGUUAAGCGAGAGGUCCCGGCUGUUAAUCCUGCCCCGUUUCAUGAACUUGGAGUCCCUGUGCCCGUUACGAAUGAGGAAGCCCGAAGAAUGGCCGACGAGUUUGUAGAGGAGUUGAAAUCAGUCUUACACUUCUAUCUGAGUGCACUCUCGAGUCCUGAACUUGCGACACCCCUCAGGAACGCAUAUAUUCCUUCAUCCGAUCAUAGUACCAAUGAACGCUGUCAGAUUGUGGUGGAGCCAUCUACCUCCGUUGUCGUGGACACUCGGCCCUCAGCAUACCCAACGGUUCAACCAAUGAAGGCUGCGCUGUACUUUGACAAUGCUGACGGUUUCGGGGAAUGGAGAAUUCUGAUCGGGACGAACGCAACGAAGAAGCUGAGAGAAUUCCGCAGAAACAACGGAAAAAAGUUCAAGAUUGUAGUCAAGAAGAUCAAGGAACUCUCCAAUGGUCAGUUUUCAGACGAUAACCAGAAGAGAUUGGAUGGUGCCCGUUCCGGCGUGCCUAUUUUUGAGGCAAAAAUGCAACGAGACUUGAGGCUUGUGUAUCAAAUCGACUGUGUCCCGGACCAUGACGGCGAAAUCGAACAACAAGGUGGACCUUACAUGUCGGUUAUAUGCCUCAAUCGCAUUUGGGAUGCAAUGAAUCACCACUUGUCCGGCAAAGGCAAAGAGUAUAUACAACGAAACCCGCCCGUCCAUCCUGGAGACAAUGUAUACUUGCCCGCUGGAUUCCCACCCAAGGUACACGAUGUAGUCGUCAAGCCUCCACCGUUGGUUCUCGGAGACAGAGAGAUGGACCAACUGCACUCGCUCCUGGUCCUUGAAAAAUACGUCACCUUCUCCCAGGCCCUGAUUAACGGUUUAAUUGCGAGGAAGGACGUCCAGCAUGUAUUCGAACUUACGAACGCAAGAUCGUCGAUUGUACUACAUCGUGCUAUGUUUUGGGUCGAAGUGGCACGGGGUGUGCUGAUUCUUAUGAUCGAGAUUGAUGCAAUGCUCAUUGUUCGAAGGAAAACGACAACCAUGCUAUUUAAGAUGCUCGGGAUUCAGAGGGCAUGGCAACUUCAAUCUGAAGGCUCUGGCAUGCCCCGGCCAAGGCAGAUAUUCGUUACGAAGUCACCGGUCCUCGCAAGCAAGGUAGAGGAGUAUUUCGUUAAACUCCUGGAGUCCCUCUCCCUGGCAGGAUAUUCGCUGGAAGAACUGGCAAGAUUGCAGCCAAGAAACAUGGACCGAGGAUUGGUUGAUACUGACGAUGUCCCAGACGCGCAAAGUGGUAUUCCUCAGAGAUAUAGUGAACUCGAGGACCACCACUUCCCUUUAUUCUUAACAUUUGACCGGCUGGCGAGGAUGAUUGCAGCGGAUAUCCUGGACGCAGAUCAUCCAACGGCUAAACGUGUAGCAAAAUUAUUCAUGCAGUCUCAAGACCCGGAGGUCCUUGACUCUUUUGUUAGCUAUGAUACUUUUGCCAACACGUAUUGGCCCCACUUCCCUCAGCCUCUUACGAAGGGUCUUGAUCCGUGGUUGGUGUUUGGGGAGAUUAUGGGCAUCAUCAAAGGCUCAGAAAUGUCACUUCAAUUUGAUGACGGAACACUGGAUAAGAACACUUAUUGUGGUCUCCCAUCACGCUCAAACCCGACUUUCUCCGGUCAAAGAGAACUUGUCUAUGCUCUAUUUGAAGCCUACUCGAAGCUGAAACGUCAGCGCCAACAUCAUGAUGUUGCAGACAGGACUCAUGCCGUUCUCAAGACUUUACUGGGCGCUACAGUGUUCAAAGGGCGCCAAGUGGAUUAUCUUUAUGUAGACGAAGCACAGGACAACCUACUCAUAGAUGUUCUUCUUUUGAGACUUAUAUGUAGCAAUCCGGAAGGCCUGUUCUGGGCAGGUGAUACUGCUCAGACCAUCUCUGCAGGCAGUUCGUUUAGGUUUGAUGAUUUGAAAGCAUUUCUACACCGUAUCGAGGUGGACCAAGCCUCGCACAUGGUGAGGGAGCGGGCUGUUGCUCCACCGAUGUCAUUCCAGCUUGCGAUAAACUACCGGUCCCAUGGCGGCAUAGUGAACUGCGCACAUUCAGUGAUCGAGUUGAUUUCUCGCUUCUGGCCGAACAGCAUUGAUUCCCUCCAGCCUGAACAUGGCAUCGUUGACGGUUUGAAACCGGUCUUCUUCACGGGAUGGGAUAAGGAUACUGUCCGUUAUGAACAAUUCCUCUUCGGUGCCUCUGGCAGUCACAUUGAAUUCGGCGCACAGCAGUGCAUUCUUGUGCGAAAUGAAAAGGCUCGGGAAAAGCUCCGACAGCAAGUGGGUGAUAUUGGACUUAUCAUGACACUUUAUGAAAGCAAAGGACUGGAGUUCAAUGAUGUGCUUCUAUACAACUUUUUUGAGGAUUCAAAUGUGGAUCUAUCUCGCUGGCGUUUGGUGCUGGCCGCCGUAAACAGUGAGGUUGACGGCCACAGUCCGUGCCAGCUGCAGGCGCCAUGUUUCGAAAGGGACGAAAUUAAUGCCUUGUUCAAGCUGAAACUCCUAUACGUGGGGAUUACAAGAGCACGUAAGAAUAUGUGGAUUGUCGACAAGUCUGACAAAGCCGAGCCUAUGAGAAUAUUCUGGAUAUCUCUUCUACCCCUGAAGAAUGGGCAGAAUCAGGUCGCCUUGUUAUUCCAUAACAAGCGAUACACACAAGCGAUGCAUUGCUUUGGGCGUGCCAACAUGCCCCGUGAAGUGAGGAUUGCUGAGGCGUACUAUUUCCGAGAGCUUGCUCGCGCAACCGUGGGGGUGGCGCUGCCCAGCGAACAGCGGCGAGCGUUCGCCAAAGCUGCAGACGCAUUCGACAACUGUGGCAGAGAGGCACCUGGUAGGCAGAAGCUGCAGUAUUACCAUACAGCUGCGGAGUGCUACAUUCGUGCUGCCGACGACCGUAAGGCGGCGGAUGCAUACCUGAAUGCUGAGGCAUACGAACUAGCAGCCAAACGCUACCGCAAGGCCGGCAUAUUCGACAAGACAGUUGAUGUUCUCAAAUCCUACUCGAAAAAGAUGUCCCCUGAUUGUGCAGACGAGUUGCUCACAGUAUACCACCGUCGUCCUCUCUUUUCCACCUUCGAAGAAGAGCUGGACUUCCUUGAGACCUAUGGCCUCGAUGUGGCACUUGUUGUUCUCUACGAGUCCCAUGGAAAAUAUGUCGAAGCUGCAGAACUGCAUUUGAGUGAAGAUAAACCAUUGGACGCGAUCGGAAUACUUCUCAAGGACAAAACCAACCAGCAUGCCAUGAGGCGGGCAGCGGACAUAUUACUGGACUGUUUGUGGAAACAUUGCUCAUUCGGAGUGGCACCAAAGGAGUUCCAUGCCGGGAUACCGAAGACCCUUAUCUCCUUCAGCCGUCAGCUGCCCUCGGGUCUUUUGUUGCCUCGAGCCCGUAAUGAAGUCAAAAUGUUCCAAUCUGCUGCUGCAGAAGAAGUUGACCGUGUAAUGCUGGAAGCAUUGGCAAAAUCCUUCAUGGAGCAGGCUGACAACGCGGCAGCUCUUUGGUGUCUCAAUCACGUUUUUUCGCGUCUACCGCCGGCGGAAGAGUUAGUGAAGUUGGAGGACUUUACGCUCUUCCUCCAAAAAUUCUACACGUAUUCUCAUUUGCUCUAUACCGUUGCUUCCUUCAAUGAUCCUGUGGGAGGACGCGGUGUCAGAAAGCUGUUUGCAAUAACUCAGCUUUCGGACGAUCAAUACAAUGUACAAGCGGGCUCCUUCAUUUUGGCCACCCCAAGCUUGGUGUCUACUAGCAAUGAUGAACAAACAAAUGCAUCGCCAUACACUCACGGGCAAAUCACCAAUGUGUUGAAAGAACGCGUACGCUCCUAUCUUCGCCACCAAGUCCUUAUUGAGACUCGACUUUGCAACAAUGCGAAGAUAUUUUCUCAGUGCCUCCUUUACACUGUCAACGGCUCCUGCAACUAUGGAAAGUGUGAGCAACAGCAUGUCUCACUUUCCUCUCUGGACUCCACACAAUACAACGCGCGUGUUGGAAUCCAUCUGCAACAAAUGCGUAUAUUGCAACUUGUAUAUUCCGCAUUUCCCGAGAUGCGGGAGUGGAAGUCCGUGAAAGGGGAGAUCGCGGACUGGAUAGCCCACUUAUAUGAGGCAUUCUUCCCACCUUUCCGUGCACAAGGGUCUCUUGCGGAUCUCAAGUGGUCAAACAUCCAGGGAGCUUCUGACGGUAUUCGAGUUAUGAGACAUUGGGUUCGCGACGCUAUUUAUGCUCUAGAACCUCGAUAUUCUGCCGACUUCCUUACUGACAUACUAAGGCUGAUUAAGCUCAGCUCGGCAUUUGGUGAAAAUCGUUACAUUGUGGAAGACAUGAUUGAGUCCAACCAAUCUGCUACCGAAGCAAGCAUUUCUGCGGGCAUUCUUGGGCUUCACCACACUAUCCGCAAUAACAUUCAAGUGAACUUAUCUGUUCUUUGUGACUGCGUAGAGGAAGUGCUCAGUGCUUACGUGAUAACUCUCCGUCUCAAAAAUAACCCCGGUGCGGACUCGCUGCACGACGUCGUUCUACCUCGGAGCUGGUUAAUCAGGAACAACAAACUCGAUGCACGUAAAGAUGUCAGGAUCAUCAAUUACUUCUUGGACGAUAUACAGUACCUUUUAGAAAAGCUACGGUCUGACAGUACAGAAGAACAUCUCUGGUUGUUGCACACGAACGUUACGCCCGUUCACCGAAAUAUAUUCAUUGCACGGAUAAUGUUGUGUCUUGCUUGUUAUAACUGCCCUCCUCAUUGGGCCGGUCUGAAAGCCAGGAUUUCAAGCAUCAUUACCAACUUGAGAUCAAAUGAUCCUGCUCGGUCCACACCAUACAUCUACCGGCACUAUGUACAAGCAGCACGCGACGAUUAUCUACGCGUAAUAGUUACCUACGAUGAAAAUCAUGCUAUACCGAAUCUUGUUCAUCUUCGUCGCAAGGGAACGAGGCUUGGGACUAGCCGCCUCGCGACAGGGUGGCGUAUUCAGGAACUUGAUUAUAGUCGACUCGACGAGAUACCAACUCUUUUAGCGUCUCCCCUGAUUGCCGCACGCUCCCAACUCCGUGUGGAAGCACCGGCUUUCGUGCCUCGGGUUGGAAUUUCACUCCAGACAAAACCAGUUGAAGACCACGUUAAUCUAUCUCUCGAGAUUGACUCUGCACAACUCGGAGAGCCAAUAGAAGAUGUAGAAAGUUCUCCUUCCGACGAUGAUCAGGCGGUACCGGCUGUUGUUGGUACAGACGAGGAAGAGUCUGCAGCCGGCUUAAUACAACGUGUCUAUGGUCAGUACCGUCAGAAACAGAAGCGGUUGCUGGAAAGGUCCACACUCGAGGCAGAGAGAUCUGCUGUAUUCUUCGCUUGUUUAAAGCAUGCUCAGGCUUCCGGCUUUUCCCCAGGGUUUUACCGCCUACUGUACCUAGGACCCUUGCCCCACUUGCUUUUGGCCCUCAAGAAGGGAAUCUUCAUGGCUACGUUCGUUAGAAACACGACCAAAAUCCCUGGACUAUUAUUGAGAGAAGGCCAUGAACGUUUAGAAGAACUUGGACGUCAGAGGAGUAAAAUAUCGUCGACCCUUAAACAAGGGCACGAACUGCUGAAGAAGCUGAGCCCUGACUCACAGUUCCACAAGAACCGCGACAUCGGCGCUCUAAAGGAUGCAGUGCUACAAGUUAAAGAAUUUCUGCACAGAAUCCCAGGUGGUGCGAGGGGGGCGCCGGAAGAACUGAACAUCGCAUACAAAGCUGUUGUUGCAGAGAAGCACGUCCCGAAGAAGGAGAAACCAUCCCUCAAUGUCGAGGAUCUCGAUCCAUAUGAAUACUGA